UGACUGCUAAUGUUCCCAUUUUCUGCUACAAAACCAGGAAACAAAGCUUUGUUUCGCUUUCAAGUGACAAAUAUAUCUAUUAUUUAGCAUUGUAAAUGUACUCUGAACAAUAUGAAUGAAAGUAAAGAUUUCCAGCUCCACCAGAUAGCGGUGGAGAGGAAGAAUUUGGCUCAGGUUUGCAGGUUUGCGGUGAAGGGCCUCAUUGACCGAUCCUGCUUUGACACCAUUGGCGAAAAUUCACCGGAAAUUGUCAAUUUCUGCAACAUCAUGGAGCAUGUUCUAACACACCGAUUAAAACCACGCAGCUCAUGGUACUCCCAAGAUGAUCGUAGCUUCUGGAACUAUGUGAAAACUGCCUGCUUGUCCGUGCCUCAUAACUGUAUAGCUAGCAUCAGAAGUAUAGAGCACAUCACCACACCACGAGGAAAGGGACGAGCUUGGCUGAAGGUUGUGCUAAUGGAGAAACGAUUGUCGGAAUAUAUUUCCACAGCUCUGAAACAGACAAGAUUAACAAAGGCGGCGUACACUGAAGAUGCCCUCAUGCUGUCAGAUGAUGUCCACCUGUUAACGGGGGCACUGCUGGGUCUCAACGCCAUGGACUUCAGCUUCGACCUUAAGGGGGAGAACGUGGAUAUUGGUGGUCUACCUGUCAUUGACUAUAGUCCUUUCCUAAAGUUCCAGCAGUGCGCGGAGAGCAUCCACAGUGAUAGGAAGGAGCUCCAUGAGUUGAGUAACUCCAACAGCAGCAGCAGCAUCUUGAGUGAGGACAUGAUGGCCAUGGACGAGGACUCACUACGCACCAAAUAUCUCAAGAUGGAAACGAAAUAUAAAGGUGUCUGUGAACAAAAGGGUUAUCUAGAAGAACUUGUGAGACUUCGUCAGGACCAGCUGGAAGAUGUCCAAGCACAACGAACCAAACUUGUACAAACGUUUAAUAAUAUGGAAACGGAGAAUAAACGUGAUCGCCAGCAACUAGAAUCUGUGAUAAUAGAACUCCAAGCCCAACUGGCAAUCGCCAAACAGGACCAACUUAAAUUGGCGUGGCAGUUGAAAGAAUACUUACGGCACCACCACCACCAGGAGCCGCCACCAAUCAUCCGAGAGCCAUCGAUGGAGGCGAUCAAUUACCAUGAGGUACAGAAGUCACCGCUGAGAACGAGAGCACAGGGCGAGGCAGAUAGGCUAAGUACCGCUUCCAACGAACUCUCCACUGCUCACGGCCUCGCAGACAAUCGCAGCCUCCUCUCAGAUAGCCGCAGUCUCCUGUCUGAGCUCUCAGCAGCCGGUGUCCUCUUGGAUGACACUUCCAGUAUGAUCCCGAUGGCUGGCUCCUUCACAUCUCUCAGCAGUGCCCGAUCAGGCGAAACAAGGUCCAACGACACAAGUAAAUUCAAGAUAGAUUUUGUCCGCAGCGACCCGAUGACAUCUGCCGUCAAUACCAAGUUAUUGUCACCAGUUGCAAUGGCGGUUUUGGAGUCGAAUGCGUUUGAUCACGAUGACGACGAUAACGUGACCUAUUACACGGGUCAUAACGAGAACAAAGUGUGUGUCACUGCUGAUGUGCAUCGGGCCGAUUCGUUGCUGUCACCGGUAGAAGAUAAAGCCGACCUUCCAAGUAUACCUGUAGCAGGCGUUACUGUACCAUCUGAUGCUGAUGACUCUGAUAUUGUUACAAAUGAUGGAGAGGGGGGCACCAGAAAGGGAGGAUCAGUUGAGGCCCACAAUGGGAUAAGUGAUAAUGAGAUGCCAACUGAGAACUGUGAUGCGUCUGCUAGUCAAAUAGAAACAGUGAGUAGUCAGAUGUCGUCAGUUCUGGAAGGGACAGAUAUUUCCCUUGAUUUUGAAAAUCCAGGACAUUCCGUUACAAAUAACGUAAAAGGUGAAAGUGGCCAGUCCGAAUCUGGUGUUGUGAAUGGUGCUGUUUUGAAUUCUAGUCCUAAUCAAAAUGGUUUGGGCAGCAAAAAGCUGUCCAAUGUUGAGACAAUUGAUAAAAACAUGGCAGAGGAAAUUUUGGCUGACCAGGAGAGGUUGGAUGAUUUUCGUCAGCCGUGUGAAGGCGUGAUGAGUGAAAGUCUUACGGGCGUUGAACAAACGGGGGAUGUUUCGGGGAAAAGUGCUGAAGAGGACCACAAUGGGGAUGUAGAUGUCGGGGGCCACAAUGGGGAAGAGAACUAUGAUAUUGAUGUUGAAGACGAUGAUUACCACUGGGAUGAAUAAUGUCAAACCUGGACUCCAGGUUAUAUUAUCCUUACAGACAGUCAUAUUAUGAAUAAUUGUACAUGUGCUAUUACCUAGAAACAGGGUUGACCCAAAAGAUUUUUUCAUGAUUCGCUCUGUACUUAUAUUUGUGCAGUUAUCGUAUUAGCUGAUCAUUAAAGGCAUACGCCAUUCAGGUCCAUUUGAAA